AUGGUUGCGGGCUUGGUACGGUUACUAUUGCAAGCAACUGGGCCUGGAGAAUCCCGUAUCUUCUCUAGGUUGUGCGCCUGCUAUGUGCAGAUCUCUAUUGUCUUGUUCCUCCCAGAAAGCCCGCGUUAUUUGAUCAGUAAGGGUCGAACUGACAAAGCGUUUGACAUUCUCACCAAAUACCAUGCCGAAGGAGAUCAUGGCUCUGUUAUUGUGAGAGCCGAAAUUGCUCAGAUCGAGAAGACAAUCAAAAUUGAACUCGCUCAUCCGAGAUCCGGGACAAACAAAGUGCGGUUUAGGUCUUAUCUCAUGUAAACCUGCUUACCUACCUACUCCUUUCCACAAAGCCCAUAGACCUUGUCAUCUGCAGGUCCCAUGAGAGUACACUCAUGAAUCCAUUCUCUUUCUAUUGUAUUGGUUAAGUACGACAUGUGACAUGUUAGCCUAAAUUCAAAUGCAUGUGGCUUGGAGCUAUGCUAGCGGAUACUGUUGUACGCUAGAAAAUAUGCUUAUU